ACUCAGCGUCACGUCCCGCGCGGAGACGGAGCGAGCCUCCCCCUCCUCCUUCCUCCUCCUCCUCUUCCUAACCGGGCAGGACCCGCGUCUCACUCCGGUGUCUGUCUGACUGUCUUUGUACUAACGCAGCCAUGAGCUCUGGCGGUCAUCUGCCCAAGAAGGACAAAGCUGCCCUCGCUGAGUAUGCAGCGCAGGUGAAAGACCUUCGCGCCCGUCUCUCGGGCCAGCUGCGCUCGCUGGAGGGCCGCGCGGAGGGCCGUGCGGCCCUGCUGGCCCAGAUGCACGACUUCAUGCGGCGGCGCGGCGAGCUGGCCUCCGAGUACGCCCGGGGCCUGCAGCGCCUGGCCGACCGGGCCUCCCAGAGGGCCCCCUCCACGCGGCAGCGGCGGCAGCAGGAGGAGGAGGAGGAGGACGGGGAGACGACGACGUCGUCCGGGCGCGCGUGGCGCUCCGCGGGCGCCGUGCCCGCCCCGUGCCCACGCUCCUGCUGGGCCCUGCUGCUCGCCGCCACGCACGGGGAGGCGCGCUGCCACGCGGCCAUCGCGGAGGCGUGCGGAGGAGCGGUGGCGCCGCGGUUGGCGCGCAUCGCCGACAGCUCCGCGCGCCUCUCCAAGAAGGGCAGGGACCUGGGGCAGCAGCUGCAGGAGGAGCUGCUGAAGUUCGUGACGGAGAUCGGCGCGGCCUCCAAGGCCUACCGCCUCUACAGGGCCCAGGCCCUCGCGGCCGACACGAAGCUGCGGGACGCGGAGCGGCGCUUGGGUGGGGGGGGCGCCUCGGCCGCGGGGACCCCCGCCAGGAGCCCCUCGCGCAAGCUCGCUCGCCUCCUGGAGAAGCGGCAGGCAAAGGCCGGCGAGGCGUGCCUGCGCGAGGCUCGAGCACGCAACGAGCUGCUGCUCACGCUGGCGGCCGCCAACUCCUCCGUGGAGCGUUUCCACGACUACGACCUGCCCAGCAUCAUCGACUGCUGCGACGUGGCGUUCCACGCGCGGCUGUCCGAGGCGCUCUCCCUCUUCGUGGGCGCCGGCUGUGCCGCCGACGCGGCCCAGCGGGGGGCCCUGGGGGCGCUGCGCGGCGCCGUCGGGGGGCUCGACCCCCGCGCCUGCAAGCGCCGCUUCCUGCGCUCGAGCGGGGACCUGUUUGCCCGCCCCCCCGAGUUCCCCUUCCGCCCCCACCUGGGAGACGAGGUGAGCGAGCUGGUCUCCCAGGCCAGCGUGCGCUCCGAGCUGCGGACGAGGCUGCAGCAGCUGAGGGCGCGCGUCGCAGCGCUGCACGCGGAGAGCCAGCAGGUGCGGGCGUCCAUGGAGGAGACGCUGAGCGCCCUGCGGGAGGAGACUCCCGGCGAGGGCCGAGUGGCACAACCCUGGGACGGACGCGGCACCACCUCCACCUCCUCCACCUCCACCACCUCCACCACCUCCACCUCCACCACAUCGACCCCCUACUCCACCCCCUACUCGACCCCCUCCGUCACCACAGUCGCCACCGCCAACAACUACCACCACAACCACCACAACCACCACGGCAACCACCACAGCUCGCCCCCGACGAGACACCACGGCGGUCGACACGACGCCGAGAACUUCUACUUCAUGAAGCUGAAGGAGCUGCUGGCCUCAGGCCACGUCGUGUCCCGGCUGCAGGCCAAGCAGCAGCUGAUCCACCGGGCGCUGGACGAUGGUGCAGUGGGAGAUCCCAGCAGCGCUCGGACUUCGUUUGCCCCCCCAAAACCGCAUCGUGAACGCGGCCGGAGGCGACCCUCGGUCAUCGGCCUGCAGCUCUUUGGGGGAGACCUCCUCACCUAUAUCCAGGAGUCGGGUCACGUGAUCCCCACCGUGGUGGUGAGCUGUGUGCGCUUCAUCAACUUGUACGGGAUGCAUCAGCAGGGGAUAUUCCGGGUCCCCGGGUCACAGGCGGAGGUCAGCGAGAUCAAGCACGCCUUCGAACGAGGCGAGGAUCCGCUGCUGGAUGAGUCGGGCUGCGGGGACGUCAACUCGGUGGCGUGCGUCCUCAAGCUCUACUUCCGCGAGCUGCGCACGCCCCUCCUCCCUGCAGCCGCCUUCUCACGCCUCCUGCUCGCCUGCUCCGGCACCGAGGGCCCGCUGGAAGGGGCGGUGCGGAUCCGCUCCGUGAUGCAGGAGCUGCCGCCGCCUGUCGCCGUCGUGCUCCGCUUCCUCUUCGCCUUCCUCCACCACCUGGCACAGCUGAGCGACGAGAACCUGAUGGACGCCUACAACCUGGCCGUGUGCUUCGGCCCCACGCUGCUGCCGGCGCCGCCCGCCUACGACGAGGCGUCGGUGACGGCGCGCGUCCACGAGGCGUGCAGGGCCCUGAUCGCGCUCGGCGGGGCCGCCUUCCCCGGACCACGCCGCCUGCCGGGACCGCUCUACGAGACGUGCAUGGGCCUGGAGCGCGAUGGUCAGGACGCGUAUAGCGAGGCAAGCACGGUAGACGAGGAGGAGGAGGUGGAGGAGGUGGAGGAGGUGGAGGAGGUGGGAGAGGCGGGUGAUGGUGACGAUGGCGAUGAGGAGGAGGACGCGGCGGUGGCGGCGGUGAUGGACGACGAGGAUGAGGAGGAGCGGGCGGCGAGCGGCCGCGGCUCUUCCCUGCCGGGCCGGCACACCGCCACCACCCCGGGUGGCGCCGCACCGGGCUGGUGGCGGCGCGAGUGGGCACCACGCGGCCCCACCGCGGGCGGCGUGGUGCCCGCAACGCUCGUGGAGAUGAACCACGGGCACGGCCCAGCCAGUGAACCGGUGACCCUGCAGAGGCCCUGGGUGGUGGAAGUGGGGGCCCCGCGGGAGGCCGGGCCCCGGCUGUCUCGCACGGAGCCGGCUCCCUCGGCCGCACGAGGGGGGGCGGCGCGGGGGUGGGGGGCGGGGGGCACGGUGGGAGGGCCCCCGAGGGGGGCCACCGAGGAGGAUGAGCCGCGGAUCGCGCCGAGACAACGGUCGCCGCAUCGCUGCGUUGGGGCCACCGCGCCGGGCCUCGGUGGCCACCCUGCGGGCAGCAGCAGCGGCAGCUUCGGUGCGGCGGGUGGCGCCACGGUGGCGCUCGGUUUGGUGGGGCCUGUGGACGGUGGCACCUCCACCACCACCGCCGCCGCCGCCACCAACAGCAGCGGCAAUGUCUACCCACACAGGACUCCGUGCCUGUCGGUUCCAGGGGGCGGCCGUGACGGGGGAGGUGGCAGCCACAGGAGGCCGCUCCUCCAGCGAGGCGGAGCGGAGGGAGACGGAGACGAAGACCCCUUCACGCCGGAGAUCGAGGCGGCGCUCCACAACGCUCUGCAUGAACUCCAGGAGAUGGAGCGCCAGGGAUCGGCGGAGCGAGCUCCCGACCUCGUGCUGGACACGUUCCCCGGCAGCCCAUCGCCGGCACCGCCACCGUCAUCAUCACCAUCAUCGCCACCGCCGUCGUCAUCGCCACCGCAGCAACACCAGCAGCAGCCAUCACCAUCAUCGCUAUCACCGCCGAUACCCGCCCACCAUCACCGUCAGCGCCACCUCUGCCAACCGUGCCACCACCAUAACCACCGCCGCCGUGACAUCGCCCCCAGCUGGAGCUCCGGCGUCCGCCAGCCGUGGCCGUCGACCACUCACAGCCUCCCGGCGACGCCCGUGGGCCGCCGCCACCGGCUGGCCUCCUCCUCCUCCCCGCCGCCGCCCGGGAGUGGCCUCCCCGGGAGCGGCCUCCGCGCGGGCCUCUCGCUGGGGAAGGCCGCGGGAGGGCCAGGCGGCGCGAGGGCCGCGGGACUGCCGCCCGCCAUCCGGCCCAAGCCCGCGGGCCUAGCUCAGGCUUCUGCCGCCGCCAUCCCUCCGGCCGCCGCGCGGGUCGGGCCGCCCGGCCCCACUUGCUGUACCGCCUCCACCGCCGCCGCAGCUGCCGCCGCUGCGCUGUCGUCCGCGCGCAGCAUGGGGAGCAUUGCGGAGCGCCACUGUGCACUCUAAACCCCCAAUCUGAUUUCGGAUUUAGAUACAGCCGCGGCGCAUUUCACUCAAGGAGGCCGACGUUGCCCUACGGAAACGUCGACGCCGAGUGGCAGAGCUGGCAGGGGAAUGCGCCACUUGCAGGCUGUUGAGGAAUGCGCGGCAGCGAUGGAGGGGUACUACGUCAUUAUCGUCGUCACGAUCUCUGGGGUAGAUAGCCCAUCGGAAGUGUCCACUGCACAUUUCGUGAUUUGUUGUUUCCACUCUCCUCUGUGUCCUAGUGCCAAUACGCGUCAAGUAGUGGCCCCCAUCUUUCUGGCACCACAUCUAUGAUGUCGUCGUCGUCGUCAAACCAUUCUCUGUUAGCGCUUCCUCUCUUUCCAGUUGUUUACAUUUUCCCGAACAGCAACAACAACAACUACACACUUUUAAUUGUUCCGUUGUUGUCCAUCCCACUACAUGUUUGUGUGUGUCCAAAUAGCGGCAGUCUCCUUCUUGUCACUGUCUGCCUGCAUGCAACAUCAGGUUGUUAAUCUACGUGCAAACAUUUUUCUUACUUCUACGUUGCAACCUAAUCUAAUUUAGAUUCAGAUAUGCAGCCCGUUCUCCUGUGACGCCGCUUGUUGUUUUCAUAAUGCCACUUGGAUAUAACGCGAUCGAGCGAAUGGAACUGCGUCACGCGAGUGGGGAUAAGCGGUCACAUGGCUGCCGCCUCGACCUGGGAUCACACGAGGCGGUGGGAUGCUGCUGGAUGCUCCGUGAGGCUGCCCACCACGUGCCUCCGUCUUUGUUCAGCCUGCGUACGCAUCUCACGCGUCAUCGCGGACUGUGCCUUACCCUGUAUGGCAGAACCCCUCUUAAUGACGGAAAUUGGUUCCACGACACUGGGCGUUAAGUGAUUUGGUGGUUGAACGAGUCUAGAGAAUACACGUUGACGGCUUAAUGCGUUCAGAUAGCAUCGAAAGUUACCUUGUUUCACCCAUGAAACGUACUUUAUAUUUAAACAAUGGGUAUUAAUACGUAAAGAUACUAACAACAUUUUAAACACAUUAAAAUAAACUUGGUUAAUCAA